AUGAAAUACGCCAAGCCAUUGGACAAGGGAAAUCAGACCGCAGUAACCGAGUUCAUCUUCGUGGGAUUCUCCCGGCUGGUGGAGCUGCAGGCGCUGCUCUUUGCAAUGGUUCUGUCCAUAUAUGCGGUGUCCCUGAUGGGGAACGUUCUCAUCACGGCCGUCAUAAAAGCCAACCCAUCCCUCCACACGCCGAUGUAUUAUUUCCUCACCAACCUGUCCCUGCUGGAGAUCUGCUACACAACAUCCAUUGUGCCCAAGAUGCUGGUGAGCCUGUGUGACGUUAUUGAUAUAAUCUGGGACCAUAACAGAAGGAUCUCACUAUGGGGUUGUGCCACGCAGAUGUAUUUUUUCACCCUCUUUGGCAUCACUGAGUGCUGCCUCCUGGCUGCCAUGGCCUGUGACUGCUACGUGGCCAUAUGCAACCCGCUGCGCUACACCCUCUUCAUGAGAAAGGGGGCCUGCGCCCAGCUGGCCGUAGCCUCCUGGAUGGUGGGGAUGCUGGUGGGCUUGAGCCAGACCAGCUAUGUCUUCAGUCUGACAUACUGUGGGCCCAACAGAAUCAACCAUUUCUUCUGCGACAUCCCGCCCCUCCUGAAGCUGGCCUGCGGGGACACCUCCAUGAACGUGUUGGCCGUGUACCUGGUGGCUUUUCUUUUCAUAACCUCCCCCUUCAUGCUCAUCCUGGCCUCCUACCUCUUCAUCAUUGCCUCCGUCCUGAGGAUGCCAUCAGCUGAGGGGAAGCGCAAGGCCUUCUCCACCUGCUCCUCCCACCUCAUCGUCGUCUUGCUCUUCUAUGGCUCCGGCAUCAUCACCUACCUCAGGCCCAAGUCCAGCUACUCGAUGGAGAGCGACAAGCUCCUGGCCCUCUUCUACACGGUGGUGACGUCCAUGCUGAACCCCAUUGUCUACAGCCUGAGGAACAAGGAGGUCAAGGAGGCCCUGAGGAGGGUGCUCAGUGGGAUGACGUGCCCUCGGUCAAUGUAG